AUGAACCAAUUAGAUCAAACAACUUACACCACUCGCACAUACACAGAUAUACCUUUACUGGGUGCAACAAUACAACAACAACAACAACAACAAGAUGUGCAAGAAGAAGGGGAAGAACAACAAAAAAGAAUUCUUUACGAUCGUCGCUCCGGUGCACGGUCAUCAAGUCAGCUCGUUCAACAUUCAACAGGCAUCGAUGAUAAUAUUCAUUCAUUUGAUCAAACCGCCGAAGACGAAGGAGGCGACGGAGCCGGAGACGAAGACGAAGAUGCAGACGACGAUGGGAGAGACGACUUUCAUUAUGGGGCCCCCUCCAAGCCCGUACUCCAUCCUCCAGAGCCCAGCUCCCUGCUCCCUGCAUCAUCCGCAUGCACGUCCACCUCCUCCUCGUGGGCGACCGCCCAGUCCAAGACCAAAAUUCAAGCACAGCAAGAAGGCUCGUACGAAAACAUAUUGCCAAAGUAG